AGCUGCCUGUGUCUUCUUGGUUCGACUUUGCAGCUUCACGACCAUCCUACCCUCACCCCGCCCACAGCCGGCCUAGCUGGGUUCAUCUUUACUAUGGUUGCUGCCGGUUCUAUUACAGUGGCAGUUCGGGUUCGUCCGCCAACGUCUUGGGAGGCUGCAAGACUACCAGAACCUGUUUAUGAUAAUUGCAUUCGUGGCGAUGGCGCACUCUCUACUCCAGGGCGUUGGGUUACCACUCAAUCAUGUAUCCGCGAUAUCGUCCAAAUCGUUGACGAUCGAGUCCUGACCUUCGACCCUGAUGAGAAAGAUCCUUCAAAGGCUUUCGUUGAGCGGGGCUUCCUCCCGCCGGGUACCAAACGAUACAAAGACAGGAGAUUUAUAUUCGAUCGAGUAUUCAAUAAGGAUGCGACACAACAGGACGUGUACGCGAAUACCGCCAAACCACUGUUGAGAAAUCUCCUUGAUGGGUUCAACGCAACUAUUUUUGCAUAUGGAGCCACAGGAUGCGGUAAAACACACACUAUCAGUGGCACAGAUGUCGAUCCAGGCAUCAUUUACCUGACAAUGGCGGACCUUUUUCAAGAAAUUGAAGACCGCAGAGAAGACUACAAUGUCGACGUCAUGGUCACUUUUCUUGAAAUCUACAAUGAAGAAAUUCGCGACUUGCUUGCAGAACCAGGCAGUCCAACCCAACGAGGAGGCCUCCAAAUCAGAGAAGACAAGGUUGUAAAAGUCGCUGGACUCGUCGAAUUGCGGCCAAACACGGCUGAUGAAGUCAAACAAAUUGUACUUCAAGGGAACUUGCGCAGGACGCAGUCGCCUACUCACGCAAAUGAGACCUCUUCGCGUUCACAUGCCGUUCUUCAAGUCCAUGUAACACAAUCUCCACGAACCGCCUCCAUCACAGAACAACGUACGAUGGCCACUCUUUCCAUCAUUGACCUAGCAGGUAGCGAGAGAGCAGCAGCUACUACCAACAUGGGCCAGCGUAUGGUGGAAGGUGCGAAUAUCAACAAAUCAUUGCUUGCUCUAGGAAACUGCAUCAAUGCGCUCUGUGAGAGCGGUGGUGCCAUUCGACACGUCCCCUACCGCAACAGCAAGCUCACACGUUUGCUCAAAUUCUCAUUGGGUGGGAACUGCAAGACCGUUAUGAUAGUCUGCGUCGCACCGACAUCUAUUCACUUCGACGAUACCCACAACACGCUUCUCUAUGCUGAACGGGCAACCAAAAUCAAGACCAAAGUUGUAACCCGGAACGUCGUGAAUGUCGAUCGUCACGUCGGACAGUACGUGGAGGCUAUCAAACGGUUGAAUGACGAGGUAGCUGAGCUGAAGGCCAAAUUGGCUGGCAAGCGGGAUGCAGAGGCCGAGAAAGAAAACAGGCGGAAGAGAGACGCCAAUCUGGAAGUGGAGAAGGCGAAGAGUGACAUGCAAGUCAAGACGGAACAAACUCAAGCAGCCAUCGUAGAUGGAGCCACCUGCGCUGGAAAACUUUCUGUCGCCGAAGCCAAACUGAAGGUCAUCCGGGCUCGCCUAGCUGAACUCGACGCUCGCGCUUCAUCAUCUUCGACUCCCCUUUCGCCUGACUUGGAGGCAGAGCGUGGCCUUCUUCAAGCUUUAGCGGCCCCAGAAGAAGAAGCUCUCAAAGCUCAGUCUGCCCUGAAUACUCGUCUCCAGCGCUCGAACAAUUCCGACGCAAUGUUCGAGGCUACUCUACGUGCAGUCAGCGAACGUCGUUCGGACAAGAUGGACGAAAUCACAGUUGACAACGUCAAGCUGCACGCGAAUUGGCGAAAGGCAGAAAUGGAGCGCAGCAAGGCUGAGGCCAUUCGGGAUACCUUGCGAGAAGCAGUCGGCACACAAGCUGAGAUAGUGGUGAACCUGAUCGGUAUUGUGGGCAGGUGCACGGUCAUGAUGAACGAGGCCAGUCUCAUUCUCAAGCCCACCUUGGAGAAUGACGGAAAUGCUGCCAACGACACCCUGCGCAUGUUGGCAUCAUCUUUGCAGAGCGUUGCUGAAAGUAAUAAUGAGGCUUUCAAAGCCCUGCUCGGCCAUACAACGGAGCAAUACAAGCCUGCCCCAAUGCCACACGCUCCUUCUGCUUUCGACAACUUCAAGAAAUAUCCUAGUUCACUAGGAAUGACUAGAGUGACGUCGGGCCCUGUGAUUUCACAGCAGGCGAAGGCUAAGAUAUCUCGACGUUCCUCGUCUUACGGUAAUUCAUCCACGAUAGGAUCACCUCUUCGCAAAUCGCACCGCUCGCCCCGGAAGUCCCUUCGGUCUAGUCUUGCACCACCGUAUCGACGCGUUUCAGAUAAGGACAAGGGAAAGAAGAAAGGCGUGCAAUGGAAAGACGAAGUAGGACAAGGAGACAUCGAUGACGGUGGUUUGGGCAGUCCACCGGUUAUCUCCAUUCAAAGUCCAGGGAAUAGCAUCAUUCCCUCGCCAUCAUUCGGCGAAUCUCCAGCACAAUCUGCGUCAAUGUCGAGACCUGGCCGCAGUACACCAUCUGGUGCCUCUGAGAGCGAUUGGGAAGAUGAAAAGACGGAUGAUAGCGUCAACUUCAGUUUCCUAUCUGCAUCUCGUGAGCUUUCCGCAUCCACAACUUCGGCAAGAGAGGUUCGAGUGGGUGCCAAACGUUCAAGACCAAGUCGCUUGGAUCCCGGUUUCUUGAAGUCACGCUCAAAAGGCUCGACAUUGAGCAGCCUUGCAGAAGCCGACGAAAACCAAUGCUCGCCUAAUCGAAUCUCCCCUCUAGGUGAUCGCAACAUGAACCGUAUUCCAUCGCCGUCUGCGGGCUCCUCGAGUAGCGGUGAUGGCAUUGAGACUCUACAUGUGCCAAAAGGUCGUGACAGACACGGUAGUCCCGGGAAACGAAUUCCGCCUUCACCCAGGACAACCUUGGGCUCAAGCAAAUCUGGCCGGAGAAGGUCGAAUAUUGGUCCGAUGCGAGUGGAGAGGCUGAGAAGACGUUCAAGCAUGAUUCCGCAAUUGUCUCCUUCCGAACGCAGGGAUUCGGGGGAAGCCAUGAGGAAGAGUCUCUCUGCGGGACCCAGGAGGGUGGCUUUGGAACGCUCCCCUGCAAAGAGGGCGAAGAGGACAUCCUUGUUGGCCUUUUCACAGCAACGAAUGACAGCCCCAGCACGACUGAAGGCCUUGGAUCCCAAUAGCAGCACAGAACUCAGCUUCAGAGGGUCAUCCUCCAGACCUACAUGGCGAUAAAGAAUAUGUAUUCCACUUACAGAGCAUUCGGGCAGCGCCCUUGUAUUUUCCCUAUGACGACUUUUACGAGUAUGAUCUUCCAAUGUUUUCUGUAUGUUCAGCGCAUCGUCAACGUAGUUGUGUUCUUCAUAUACCCUAUCAUAUGUCUCUUGAUUACUGUAGAUGUCAAUGUUCAGACUUGACAGCAUAAUAAGUCUCAUGUCACGAUCUCAUUCUUGCCUUUAGAUGAAC